AGAAAGAGCAGUAACAAAGCAAGCAUAGGAGAAUUCAUUGUGAUAAAUUAAUUAAUAUAACAGUGUACGCACUUAUAUUAAAUCAGUUUUGUAUAGUUACAUUAGAUUGGAGGAUGAGCGAUUUAAAGCCCACCGUAUCGCUAACCAGUGCAAAUUCCGAAAAUAUGUCGCGCCAUCAAAUGCUCGACUGGGUAAACAAUAUGGUGAAUGGUCACUUUAAGAAGAUCGAGGAGAUGUCAUCGGGCGUUGCCUAUUGUCAAAUGAUGGACAUGAUUUUUCCCAAUUGCAUCAACUUGAAGCGCGUUAAAAUGUCUGCAAAGCUGGAGCACGAAUUCUUUCACAAUAUGAAACUAUUCCAGGGCGCUCUUACACGCCUCAAGUUGGACAAGACGGUGCCACUGGAACGCUUAAUCAAGGGACGCUUCCAAGAUAAUUUCGAAUUCCUGCAAUGGUUCAAGAAGUUUUUCGACUCUCAAGCGCCUGGCCUGGAGAACCUUAAAUCAGCAGCAAAUGCUGUCCAACCAAAGCCCAUCAAACCACGUGGCUUCAUCAAAGACGAGCAGCAACAACAACAGCAGCAGCAGCAACAACAACUACAACAGCAGCAGCAGCAGCAGAAGGCAUCGCAUGAUUUCCUUGCCACCAUAUCGGAUCUAAAUUUAAAAAUUGCCAACACUAUUGAGACGCGUGAUCAGGCAUAUGACAAGCUGCGUAAAAUUGAGAUUCUGUUAACUGAGAUGAUCACCAAGAAUGAGCAUGUGGACUUCUGCAAUCGGGUCUGUGAGGUGCUCUAUAAGACUGAUUCGAACGAUAAUGUAGGUCCCAUUGCUGAUGAGAGCAUGGAGAGUGCCAUAGAGGAUCAGAACGAGGGAAUGUAUUGAACAAGUUAUUUAGGUAUCAAAUGUUAUAUAAUUUUUUUUCGGAUUAAAUCAAUUCAAUUUAUUGUGUGCAG